UCUUCUGCUUUGCGCCUUUGCCUACACUUCUCGCUCGGCUUUUCAACUGUGAGCUAACUGCUAAGAAAGCCAUGGCUGCACUGUCAAUGGGAAUCCAACUAACGUAGUAACGUAUCAGCAAGUGCCUCGACUAUAGUUCCGCAGAUUAUCUACUCCGUAUUUUAUCUUGUUUUCUGCUUCUCUCUAUCUGAGCGUUUUCAUUGCCAUUUUCCCUUCAUCUGAGCUCCCAAAGCUCUGCGUUCCAUACCCAGCGUGAAAAGGCUAAGACGGAUAUAAGCAAUCAGUUGAAAAUGUUUGCGAAAUUUCAACAUUUUGAUACCAACUGUUUCUACAUACGGAGUUCUACCAAAAGCACUCCAAGAAUUGGAAUUUCUGUAAAACCUCCAAGGAAGGACCACUACCAAAGGAAAAUUGAACUCAAUCCUGAUGGAAGAUCAGUAGAAAGCAAGAAUGUUGGGGUUAAAUUGGGGCCAAAUGUUGGUCUUGGUGAUGUUAAGAAAAAUUUGCAAAACCAGAAGUCAACUUCCGGUGAUGAGAGAAAUGGUGUUUUGAAGUCCCAGACUGGCUUGUUUACAAAACGAGAUGGUAGGGUAGAAAGUAGGAAGAAAAGUGGGGGUGAAACAAGGCGAGGAAAUUUGCAUGAAAAAGUGCAGACCAAGUGUUCGACGAAAUGGGGGAGAUACGGAGGGUGUAUUCCGGCAAUUUUAGAGGCUUUAGAAAGCUGUGGUGAUUUGGAUGAGGCUUUGAAGCCUUGGCAAAUGACUUUGACCAAUAAAGAGAGGAGUAUAAUAUUAAAGGAACAGCUGGGUUGGGAAAGGGCCUAUGAGAUUUUCAAUUGGUUCAAGAAGAAGGGAUGCUAUGAGGUGAAUGUGAUUCAUUACAACAUUAUGCUGAAGACUCUUGGGAGAGCGCAUAGGUGGAGUGAAGUGGAGAAGUUGUGUGAUGAAAUGAGGGAGAGGAGUAUUAAACCCGUAAAUUCAACGUAUGGAACUUUGAUUGAUGUGUAUAGCAAAGGUGGUCGCAGGGAGGAAGCAAUGAAGUGGUUGGAUUUGAUGAACCAAAGAGGGAUGGAACCUGAUGAGGUCACCAUGGGAACUGUAGUUCAAAUGUAUAAAAAGGCCGGGGAGUUUAAGAAAGCAGAAGAGUUUUUCAAGAAAUGGUCCUUGAACAUGCAACAGGUGGAACAGCCUGUAAAUGGAAAACCUAGAAGAAAUAUUAGUUCAGCUGUUUCCAGUAUUUGCUUAAGCUCUCAUACGUAUAAUAACUUGAUAGAUACAUAUGGGAAGGCUGGACAAGUAAAAGAGGCUAGUGAGACUUUUGAAAGGAUGGUUAAGGAAGGGAUUGCACCAACAACAGUGACUUUCAAUACAAUGAUUCACCUGUAUGGUAAUAAUGGUCAACUGGAAGAAGUUGGGUCCCUGAUGCAGAAAAUGGAGGAGCUUAAAUGCUGUCCUGAUACACGGACGUACAAUAUUCUUAUUUUUCUCCAUGCUAAGCAUGACAACAUAGAAAUGGCAGCCAACUACUUUAAACUGAUGAAGAGUGCUUCUCUAGAACCAGACACUGUAAGCUAUCGCACUCUCUUGUAUGCCUUUUCAAUAAGGCAAAUGGUUUGUGAAGCAGACAUGCUGAUUCUAGAGAUGGAUGAGAGAGGAUUAGAGAUUGAUGAAUUUACUCAAUCUGCUUUAACUAGGAUGUAUCUAGUAGCUGGUCUGUUGGAAAGGGCAUGGUCGUGGUUCUGGAGGUUUCACCUUGGGGGAAAAAUGACUUCCGACUGUUACUCUGCCAACAUUGAUGCUUUUGGUGAGCAUGGCCAUAUUUUAGAGGCUGAGAAAGUUUUUAAUUGCUGUCAGGAGGUAAAACGUCUUACUGUCCUCGAGUUCAAUGUAAUGAUCAAGGCUUAUGGGAUCAGCAAGAAAUAUGAUGAGGCUUCUUGUUUAUUUGAUAGUAUGCAGAAGCAUGAUAUAUCUCCAGACCGAUGUAGCUACAGCUCUCUCAUUCAGAUGCUAGCUGGUGGUGAUCUCCCAGUAAAAGCAAAAUCUUAUGUAAGCAAAAUGCAGGAGGCGGGAUUGGUGGAUGAUUGUGUCCCUUAUUCUGUUGUCAUAUCCAGCUUCAUAAAACUAGGUCAGUUGGAAAUGGCAGUUAGCUUAUAUAAAGAGAUGAUUAGGUUUGGCAUCCAACCUGAUGUUGUUGUUUAUGCUGUACUGAUAAAUGCCUUUGCUGACAUUGGAAGUGUUAAAGAUGUUAAUUGCUACUUUGAUGAUAUGAUAAAGGCUGGCUUGCAGAUGAAUUCUGUUAUAUGCAAUUCUUUGAUAAAGAUAUAUAGUAAAGUUGGAUACUUGAAAGAAGCUGAAGAAAUAUACAAAACACUUCUGUCUUUUGAGGAUGGUCCUGAUAUAUACUCUUCGAACUGUAUGAUCGAUUUGUAUAGUUUGCGAUCUAUGGUUGGACAAGCGGAAGAGGUUUUUGAGCACUUGAAGAGAAAAGGAAUUGCAAAUGAGUUUUCUUAUGCUAUGAUGUUGUGCAUGUACAAAAGGAAUGGAAGGUUUAAUGAGGCCAUUCGAAUUGCAAAUGCAAUGAGGGACCAAGGACUCUUGACUGAUUUGUUGAGUUACAACAAUGUGCUUGGACUAUAUGCAGUUGUAGGAAGGUUCAAGGAUGCAAUGGCAACUUUUAAGGAAAUGUUGACAUCUUCCACCCAGCCUGAUGAUUUUACAUUCAAAUCGCUUGGAAUUAUUCUUGUUAAAUGUGGGGUUCCAAAGGACACUGUUCGGAGAUUAAAAAUGAUGAGGAAAAAAGAUCCUCAGAAGGGUCUGCUUGCGUGGACUUCAAUUCUUUCUUCUGUGACUGGCUUGUAUGACACUGAUCAUGCUGCAUGUAUGGAUUUAUAACAAAGUUGACUGUAUUGGUAUUGCAGAUGAUGUAAUUUAGAGAAAAAUAGGCUCUGAAGGUGUCAUUUGGAAUUGUAUUUGUAGAAGCUGGUAUUGGGAACAUGCUAAACAAUUUCUCAACUGAAGCAGAUGCCUUCUUAGUGUGAUGAAGCGGCUUAAGCCUUGUAUAGAUGCAACUUGGAACUUCUAUGAAGCUAUUGUAAAAUUUCAAAUUAGAAAUACAAGUGGUUUAUAUUCAAAAGUUAGAAA